CCUCCAGCGCCGCAGCCCUUCGAACUCUCGGUCUCAUCCUCGUUCUCCUGUUGCGGCUCCUCCAUCUUGGCCUCGGCAGUAGCAGCUGCCGAGAGGAUGUGCCGCCUUCUGGCAGGGGGAAGAAGGAGGAGAAGAUGAAGAAGUACCGGCGGGCCUUGGCCCUAGUCUCCUUCCUCUCUCUGUGUUCCCUGGUCUGGCUUCCCAGUUGGCAUGUAUGUUGCAAAGAGAGUUCUUCAGCUUCAUCAUACUACUCUCAAGAUGACAAUUGUGCACUAGAAAAUGAAGAUGUACAAUUCCAGAAAAAGGAUGAAAGAGAGGGACCUAUCAAUGCCGAAUUAUUGGGAAAAGUGGGUUCAAGCUUACCUGUUCCUCCAGAAGAACACAAGUUAAAAGAUGACUACAUUGUGAAUGUACAAAAUACGGAGUCAAAAAAGUUAAGUCCAUCUGUGAUUGAAACACUCCCUACAGUUGAUCUACAUGAAGAUUCUUCCAGUGUAGUUGUGGACAGUGAAAACGUGGAAAAUAUUUCCAGCUCAUCUACCUCAGAGAUCACUCCAAUCUCAAAGCUUGAUGAAAUAGAAAAAUCUGGUACUGUUCCUAUAGCCAAGCCAAGUGAAACUGAGCAAUCUGAAACUGAUUGUGAUGUUGGUGAGGCCCUUGAUGCAAAUGCUCCAGUUGACCAGCCUUCCUUUGUCAGUCCACCUGAAAGCCUUGUCAGCCAGCAUAUAGAAAAUGUGUCAUCUUUGCAUGCUAAAGGAAAGAUAACAAAAUCGGAAUUUGAAUCAAAAGUUUCAUCAAGUGAUCAGGGUGGUGGUGACCCAAAAUCUGCAUUGAAUGCUUCAGAUAAUUUAAAAAGUGAGAGUUCUGAUUAUACAAAACCAGGAGAAAUUGACCCUGCAUCUGUAACAAAUCCCAAAGAUCCAGAAGAUAUACCAACAUUUGAUGAAUGGAAGAAGAAAGUUAUGGAAGUAGAAAAAGAAAAAAGUUUGUCUGCAGGUCAGUCAAUGCAUCCAUCUUCUAAUGGAGGUCUACAUGCCACAAAAAAGGUCCAGAAAAAUCGAAAUAAUUAUGCUUCAGUAGAAUGUGGUGCCAAAAUUUUGGCAGCUAACCCAGAAGCCAAGAGCACAUCUGCUAUUCUUAUAGAAAAUAUGGAUCUUUAUAUGUUGAAUCCCUGCAGCACUAAAAUUUGGUUUGUUAUUGAACUCUGUGAACCAAUUCAAGUAAAACAGUUUGAUAUUGCAAAUUACGAAUUAUUUUCUUCUACUCCUAAAGACUUUCUGGUUUCUAUCAGUGACAGAUACCCCACAAAUAAAUGGAUUAAGCUGGGUACUUUCCAUGGUAGAGAUGAGAGGAAUGUCCAGAGUUUCCCUUUAGAUGAACAGAUGUAUGCAAAAUAUGUGAAGAUGUUCAUCAAGUACAUAAAGGUGGAGUUGGUAUCACAUUUUGGAUCAGAGCACUUUUGUCCAUUAAGCCUUAUAAGGGUAUUUGGCACUAGCAUGGUGGAAGAAUAUGAAGAGAUUGCUGAUUCCCAGUACCAGUCAGAACGUCAAGAACUAUUUGAUGAGGACUAUGAUUACCCACUGGAUUAUAAUACUGGGGAGGAUAAAUCCUCAAAAAAUCUUCUUGGAUCUGCUACAAGAAAUAAAAGUAUAUCUGAGAAUGCCACUGCCACAACUGCACCUAAAAUGCCUGAAUCAGCUCCUGUUUCAACUCCUGUUCCAUCACAUGAGUUUGUAACUACUGAAGGACUUGUACAUGACACAGAGCCAUCAUCACCAGAUACUACAAAAGAGGGUCCCAUUGUACAACUAGUUCAAGAAGAGGAAGAGGAGGCAAGUCCUUCUACAGUGACCCUUCUGGGUAGUGGUGAACAAGAGGAUGAAACGUCACCUUGGUUUGAGUCAGAGACACAAAUAUUUUGCAGUGAACUGACCACAAUUUGUUGUAUUUCUAGUUUUUCGGAAUACAUAUAUAAAUGGUGUUCAGUUAGAGUUGCUCAUUAUCGGCAACGCAGCAGAACUGCUGUGAGUAAAGAAAAAGAGUAUCUUGUGUCAGCUCAAUCACCAUUAGUACUUCCUGAAGAAUCAGUAGAUGUUUCAGUAUUGCAACCUCCAGCUGGAGAACCAGACAGUAAGAGUAAAGAAAAGAAAGCUGAAACUGUUGUUCUAGGUGACUUAAGUAGUGUGCACCAGGGAGGUUUGAUUAAUCACACUUUAGAUGCAAUUGAACUUGAACCAAGCCAUCCUCAAACUCUUUCUCAGUCUCUUCUCUUAGAUGUUACUCCAGAAAUCAAUUCAUUAUCUAAAAUAGAAGUAUCUGAGCCUAUUAAAUAUGAGGCAGGGCGUACACCAUCACAAGUGAUUCCCCAAGAGAGUUCUGUUGAGGUUGAUAAUGAAACAGAAAAAAGGUCUGACAGUUUUAGUUCUAUAGAGAAACCAACUGUGAUCUAUGAAACAAAAAAACUUGAUGAAGUAAUGGAUAAUAUUGUAAAAGAAGACUCCAUGCAAAUUAUCACAAAGCUAUCCGAAACAAUAGUGUCACCUGUAAACACAGCUAUUGUGCCAGACAGUGAAGACGGGGAAGCCAAAAUGAACAUAGCUGACACACCAAAGCAAAUUUUGACUCCUGUUGUGGAUUCUUCUUCAUUACCUGAAGCAAAAGAGGAAGAACAGUCUCCAGAAGAUGCCCUUUUAAGAGGGUUACAGAGGACAGCUACAGAUUUUUAUGCUGAAUUACAAAAUUCUUCAGAUCUAGGAUAUGCUAAUGGAAAUCUUAUACAUGGAUCAAACCAAAAGGAAUCAGUGUUUAUGAGACUUAAUAACCGUAUUAAAGCCUUAGAAGUUAACAUGUCUCUCAGUGGUCGCUAUCUGGAGGAACUUAGCCAAAGGUACCGAAAACAAAUGGAAGAAAUGCAAAAGGCUUUCAAUAUGACAAUAGUAAAACUUCAGAAUACUUCAAGAAUAGCAGAGGAGCAGGAUCAGCGGCAAACUGAAGCCAUCCAGUUGCUACAGGCACAACUGACCAACAUGACACAGCUUGUUUCAAAUUUGUCAACAACAGUAGCAGAAUUAAAACAUGAGGUUUCAGAUCGACAAAGCUAUCUUGUCAUAUCUUUGGUUCUCUGUGUUAUCUUGGGACUGAUGCUUUGUAUGCAGCGUUGUCGAAACACUUCUCAAUUUGAUGGAGAUUAUAUUUCAAAACUUCCUAAAAGUAACCAGUAUCCAAGCCCUAAAAGGUGUUUCUCUUCCUAUGAUGAUAUGAGUUUGAAAAGGAGAACUUCAUUCCCACUUAUCAGAUCCAAGUCUCUACAAUUAACUGGGAAAGAAGUAGACCCAAAUGAUCUGUACAUUGUAGAACCCCUCAAGUUCUCUCCAGAAAAAAAGAAGAAACGCUGCAAGUACAAAACUGAAAAAAUUGAGACCAUAAAGCCAGCACAUCCAUUGCACCCUAUAGCCAAUGGCGACAUAAAAGGAAGAAAGCCUUUUACGAACCAGAGAGAUUUUUCUAAUAUGGGAGAAGUUUAUCACUCUUCUUAUAAGGGUCCUCCGUCUGAAGGAAGCUCAGAAACUUCAUCACAGUCAGAAGAGUCUUAUUUUUGUGGCAUUUCAGCUUGCACAAGUCUGUGCAAUGGACAGUCCCAAAAGACAAAAACUGAGAAGAGGGCUUUGAAACGAAGGCGGUCUAAAGUCCAAGACCAAGGAAAAUUGAUAAAAGCUCUCAUACAGACUAAGUCAGGAUCAUUGCCAAGCCUGCAUGACAUAAUCAAAGGAAACAAAGAGAUCACCGUGGGAACACUUGGUGUUACAGCAGUCUCGGGACAUAUUUAAAAUUAAUCGAACUUUUCAUACUGGAGACUUUUGUUGUUGUUCUUUGAAGAACAGUCUGUGGUAUUUGAAGGGUUUGGGGGAGGGAGAAAAUAUUACUGGGAAAAGUAUUCAGAAAUUAUGAUUCCUGCCUUUUUAAAAAGUAGGUGGGAUUGUGUCAAUCUUGGUUAGUGAGCUGCAGUUUUACAAGGCUGAUCACUUCCUACAAGGACAAUGGUAGACAUUUUAUAAAGAUUUUUUUCACAGAUUAAUUACUGGGACAAAAGUAAUUCGGAAGCCCAGUUCCUUGGGUGGGAUAGGAAUGAAAGCCUAAACCUCUUCCUUUAGCUUUGUUCCUACUUCUUGCACCUUCCCAUAUUUAUGUGCCUUUUGUCUAUUUAUAAUGCCACUGGAAGAGGAGGGAGAACUUUUCCUGUCAUUUGAUUUCUUUUAUAACUUUGUUAGUUUUUUGAAGCUGCAAACACUACAAGGCUUUAAUGUGAUCUGCGCCUGGAGUUCAGUAAAGAUCAGUAAAGACAGUGUAAAGAUCCUAAAGACUUGGCCAACUAGACCUCUGUUUAGCAAACUCACUUGAAACAGACACUUGAUGGAAUUUUUACAUCUGUUCUUUUAGGUAAGUGGUGAUGCUUUUGAUGUUAUUUUCAUUUAACUUAUUCACACUAGUUUUCUUUGGUUACUAAUUCAAUGAGAAGGGGAAGAAAAAAACGACAGGAUCUUUUCUUGAAAAUAACUAGUACUUGCAAAUAAUUGUUUUAUAAACUCACCUUUUAAACACAUUUAGCCACUUUUAAGGGUUUUCUUUAGCUACAUUACAUUUUCAACAUUCACAAUAAGCACUAAUCCUCCCAACUUUCAGAUCACUGUUUUCUCUUACAAAUGGAAAAUUCAAAGGUUUGUCAAAUGAGUCCAGGUCUCAUAAUCACUGCCUAUGUAUAUAUGCACAGAACCAGCUAGUGAGUUUGUCAAGCCUUGUCUAAUUGGUCAAGUCUAAAGGGAUUAUUAUUCCUUGAUGUUUGCUUUGUACUGGCUACAAAUGUGCAGAGAUAUACAUGUGUGAUGUCAAUGGGUUUGUCUUCGUCUUUUUUCUUUAAAAAUAAUUGGCAGUGACUGUAUUUGAAUCAAAUCAUUUCUUAAGUAUGUGUUUGUACAGUAAUGAGUGAAAGUGGAAAGUUUCUUUUUGAAAGGGAGAGAAUUGACCGUUUUGUGUUGCAAGAUUUGUUAUUGAGCACUUUUAGUAAUAACUGUUUUUAAACUUGUCUAAUACCUUUCUGGGGGUAUUGGUUGUAAUGUGACUUAUUUAAAGCCUCUUUUGUUUAAGUUGCUGCUUCAGGUUAACAGUAUGUUUUAGAUGAUUUAAAAUUUUUUCCAAUCUGUACAAUUAGCCAUUCAGAGCAAGAGGGCCUGAUUGUAUAGAAACCCAUUGAAAAGAGGUCCAGAUGAGAGCAGAGGUAGAGCGGGAAGUUACACCAUCUGUGUGCAGCAUCCAGGGUUGUGGAAAGAAGACUUUCAAUAUGUAACUACGGAGCUGUAGUGCCAUUAGAAACUGUGAAUUUCCAAAUAAAUCUGAACACUUGUCUUUAUUAA